AUGGAGUGCAAGAAGCAUCGAGAUUCCCAGGUGGUAAUGAUAUGUACCACAUGUAACAACGUGUUUGUGUGUCUGGAAUGUGCUACUAACGAGCACAAAGGACAUACAUUUGGAAAGUUUGACGAGGUAGGAAAAGACAUACGCAAGAAGUGCUCAAAUUUAUCCAACGUAUUACGAGAAUUACGUUCCGAUCUUCAAACCAUCGUCCAUGCGAAGAAAAAUCAAAUAAGAUAUUCGAAAACUGCCAACUCUAAAAUAAAACAGCAGAGAGAUUUGAUGCACAAAGCUAUAGAUGAUAUAUCCGAUUAUGUUAUUUCUAUAUGUGAAAAGCAAAAGCUCAGAAAUCUUGCUUUACUCAAUGAACACGAAUCCGCAUUGUCAGAACAAUUAGUUCAAGUUGAAUCCGAGGAUGAAAAACUUAAACGGAUUAUGACUUCCAAAAACGAUUUAGAUCUUAUACGUGGUUCUCAAGAUCUGAAAUCAUCCUCCACGAGACGGAAAUCACGACAUAUACCAAAACCUCUGGAGUUCCACACAGGGACAAUGGACGCCAGUGUACUACAACAAAUGCUUGGCUCGCUCAUUAGCGAUCCAGUGGAUACUCUCAUAGUUCCUUGGCAUGACAUCCCUGCAUCUUUGAGACCUCAUGAAAAUGAUGACAUGUCCACAGUCCGCUCAAAAUUUCCUCCGAUAGAACACAACGGGAACUAUCAUGAAAAUGCCAAAACACCAAGUUCUCCGAUUUCUACUGUUUCGUUCAACAAAAAGAAAGCAAUUUCUGUGGUUUCUACAUUCAAGCAUUCUGCCAGUAUGGGGAUUAGUUCUGUAUGCACUGCUAAUCCAGGGCACGCCUGGGUGAAAUGUGCUGGUCAGAACGAGAUCAGGUUGACUGAUAAGUCUGGUUACAUCAAGCGUAUCCUUCGUUUCGGAACUUUGAUUCGCGGACUAGCCGUUACUGCCGAUAUGAGACUUCUCGUUUGCUGCUUUGACGCACGUUGUAUAAAGAAACUUUCUCCUCCAAACUACAAAGCGUCGACUUCUUACAGCACAGGCAAUUUGAAACCCAAUUACGUUUGUUCCACAACAAAAGGUGAUUACCUCGUAACGCUUGUAGACAGGAUGUACCAUGAUGUCUCUCAUGAAAGUCAUCGAAUACUUGCCCGAUACACAGAAUCUGGUAAAGAGGUCGCCCGUGCUCAAUUUGACAAGUUUGGCGUAAACCUCUUUGUUUUGCCAGGCCAGGUCAGAUUAACAACUAACGGCGAUGUUGUAGCAGUAGUUAACGAGACAAGUGAGGAAUCAGCACAUCUGGUUCUUUUGGACGGGAGUUUUAAACUGAAAUUACGCUUCUUCGGUGAUGGCCGUUCUAUUCCAGGCGAAAAGAAGCAUAGUUUUCCAAGAAGACAGAAGAAAUUUUAUAUCAACGAUGUGGACUUCGAUUCAUUUGAUAAUAUCGUGUUUGCCGAGUCCCACACUAGAACCGUCCAAAUUCUCGACCCUGCUUGCCAGUUGCUACAGGUUAUCCUGCAAGAGAUCCACAUCCCAUGGUCUAUCGGUCAGUAUAUGCACAAUCAUACGGAGUAUUCUUGUUUGAAAAAGGUAUAUGUGGUUGGUUGUUUUUUCUCUAACUUUCGAAGUUAUGUAAAUAAAGAGGAUUGA